AUGCUGACGUUACAAGAAGCGACUGCAGUUGUUGGCCACAAUAGUGGUGUGGCGGUCAUGGCGGCCCUGGGGGAACGUUGGUGGCGCGGUGGCGGUUGCAACGAAAGUCGAGUAAAUAACCACCACCGAUAUGCCAGUGAAGCUGGGGAUAUUGUUGUUAGUCUGGAUUUUGUGAAGGAGAUGAUGGAGGAUUUCAAGAACCAGAAAACAUUACACCCACGACAAGCUUUCCAAAUCAUCUCACAGACGAAAGAACUGUUGCGAGCCCUGCCGUCCCUGGUUGAUAUAAGUGUUCCUGCUGGCAAUCACAUUACUGUCUGUAGCGAUGUGCAUGGUCAGUUCUAUGAUCUGGUAAAUAUUUUCGAGCUCAACGGGCUUCCAUCGGAGGAGAACCCGUAUCUGUUCAACGGAGAUUUUGUCGACAGGGGAUCUUUUUCUUUGGAGGUAGUCCUAACGUUGUUUGCAUUCAAGUGCAUGUGUCCAUCAGCGAUACAUCUCGCGAGAGGAAAUCAUGAGACAAAGAACAUGAACGUGAUAUACGGUUUUGAGGGCGAGGUCCGGUCGAAGUUAGGUGAAAAUUUUGUGGAGUUGUUUGCUGAAGCGUUUUGCUGUUUACCGCUGGCUCAUGUAAUCAAUAGCAAGGUUUUUGUAACGCAUGGCGGUCUUUUCAGUGUCGAUGGAGUGAAAUUGAGUGACAUUAGAGAGAUAAAUAGGUUUUGUGAACCUCCGCAGGAAGGGUUGAUGGGUGAAUUGCUGUGGAGUGAUCCUCAAGCUACGCCCGGAAGAGGCCCGAGCAAGCGAGGUUCAGGUGUUUCUUUUGGCGGCGAUGUAACAAGACGAUUUUUGCUGGAAAACAAUUUAAGUUUAGUUGUGCGAUCUCACGAACUGAAGGACGAGGGAUAUGAGUUUGAGCAUGACGAAAGACUCGUCACAGUUUUUUCUGCUCCGAAUUACUGUGAUCAGUUCGGUAACAAGGGUGCCUUUAUUCGUUUCGAAGGACCAGAUUUGGCUCAGAUUUUUACUUUCUCAGAAGUGCCACAUCCCGACGUCAAGCCAAUGGCAUACGCAAAUAAAUUCCUUCUAUCCGCUAUCCGACGACAACUUACCGGUUGA